AUGGCUACCUUUCUCAAGAAGCCCUUGAAGCUGGCCUUGGUGCAGCUUGCAUCGGGCGCGGACAAAGCCGUCAACCUCUCCCAUGCCCGGAGCAAGGUCCUCGAGGCUGCCCAAGCCGGUGCACGACUGAUCGUCCUCCCAGAGUGCUUCAACUCCCCCUACGGCACGCAAUAUUUCCCCAAAUACGCCGAGACUCUCCACCCCUCCCCUCCAACGAAGGACCAGUCGCCCUCCUUCCACGCCCUGUCCGCGAUUGCCGCCGAGGCAAAUGCAUACCUCGUCGGUGGCAGCAUCCCCGAGUUGGAGCCGGAAACCAACAAAUACUAUAACACCUCGCUGGUGUUCUCGCCCACAGGUUCCUUGAUCGGUAGCCACCGCAAGACGCAUCUGUUCGAUAUCGAUAUCCCCGGGAAAAUCAAGUUCAAGGAGAGCGAUGUGUUGUCACCGGGCAAUUCAUUGACAGUCAUAGAUCUCCCCGAGUAUGGCAAGAUCGGUCUGGCUAUCUGUUAUGAUAUUCGGUUCCCAGAGUCGGCUAUGAUCGCGGCUCGCAAGGGCGCGUUCUUGCUUGUCUACCCCGGCGCGUUCAACACUACUACUGGACCUCUUCACUGGUCGCUUCUGGGACGAGCUCGUGCCGUGGAUAACCAGACAUAUGUUGCGCUGUGCAGUCCGUCGCGGGAUCUCGAGGCUAGCUAUCAUGCCUACGGCCACAGCUUGAUUGCUGAUCCUAGUGCUGGUAUUCUGAGCGAGGCGGAUGAAAAGGAGACCAUUAUCUAUGCUGAUUUGGAUAAUGAUGCCAUUGUGAAUACUCGCAAGGGUAUCCCUAUCUACACUCAGCGGCGUUUUGAUGUAUACCCUGAUGUGAGCGGCGAAGGCUCGAAGUAG